AUGGCCGGCUUGUUCUUCCUUAUCGUGACCUCGGUGGUCAUGGCAGUGGCCUCGUUUCUGGCUGGCGCACUCCCAUUGUCCCUCUCACUCUCGCAGUCACAACUAAGGCUGAUUGCUGCCCUUGGUGCUGGUUUGCUUGUGGGCAGUUGUUUGAUCGUCAUUCUGCCCGAGGGAAUUGAAGCAUUGUCAGCAGAUAGGAUACACUCUCCAGAACCUCAACAUGUCCACUCGAAGCCCCCAGCCUCAGGUAGAGUGCUGAGAGCUGAAGAGCCUGUAUCACCGUCGACACCUCCGCCUCCUCCUGAACUCCCGGCUUUCCAUAUCGGCUUUGCCCUGGUUCUCGGUUUCGCCUUGAUGUUCCUCAUCGAUCGGCUACCGCGUCAUGCCUCGGAGAUUUUCCAGACGCAAACAAGCAGACAUGUCAGCCUUGAUAAUCUUGCUGGACAAUCUGGAGAGGAGGAGUCUGACGGGUUCUUGGGCUCGCUGACGCCAUCCCCAAGACAAACCCGCAGCCUGGCUACUACCACAGGAUUGGUGAUACAUGCAGCAGCGGAUGGUAUUGCGAUGGGAGCGUCUGCCACGUCAGCCAAUUGGAAUGUCGGGCUUAUUAUUUUCAUCGCUAUCCUGGUCCACAAAGCCCCGGCUGCCUUUGGGUUGACGUCUGUCCUAAUGAAGCAAGGCCUUUCGAAACGUGCUGCACGCGUACACCUUCUGGUGUUUAGCCUGGCCGCCCCUAUUGGAGCCCUGGCAACCUAUUUCUUUGUUGCACUUCUAGGAGAUGAAAGUGCCGAAGGCGAGGGGGCACAUUGGUGGACCGGAAUGCUUCUUUUAUUCAGUGCUGGAACCUUCUUGUGA